CCCAGGUUGUCAAGAAGUAAAAGUGGUGGCUGCUGUUGGGGAGACGGUUCAGCUGCACCCCAAGACAUGGCCGCCGUCCUGGGUAACAGUCAACUGGAUAUUGAUAGUCGGUUCACAGACCUACUGGAUCCUCAGACACGAUCAGAACAGGACCUCGGCCAAUCCAUUACUGCCCUUUGCUGACAGAGUCUCUUUCCACCCUGGGAAUCUCUCGCUGCAGAUUAACUCGGUCACAGAGAAAGAAAGUGGCCUCUACACCAUGGACCUGAUGCUGGGGGAUGGCUCUGGAAUAACCAAUAAUUUUCAGCUGUUUGUGCUUGACCGUGUCCAGCAGCCCAACAUCAAGGCAUCUACUUCCCAGGAGUGCGGUUGGUGCUACCUUACCCUGUCCUGCUUGGUGCCCAAAGCUGACCGGGUAACCUACAGCUGGUCUCAAGGCGCAUCUUCCAGCCCAGCCCCAGAGGACCAUUGGCUCCAACAGCAUCAAGCCGAUCUGCAGGUGGAGAUCACUAAAAGCGACAACACCACCUUCUAUCACUGCAAUGUCAGCAAUGCCAUCAGCUGGGGCAUGGCCACCAUCGAUGUCAAAAUGCUGUGCAACUACACAAGUUGUCAAGAAGUAAAAGUGGUGGCUGCUGUUGGGGAGACGGUUCAGCUGCACCCCAAGACAUGGCCGUCGUCCUGGAUAACGGUCAACUGGAUAUUGAUAGUCAGUUCACAGACCUACUGGAUCCUCAGACACGAUGAGAAGGGCACCUCGGCCAGUCCAUUACUGCCCUUUGCUGACAGAGUCUCUUUCCACCCUGGGAAUCUCUCGCUGCAGAUUAACUCAGUCACGGAGAAAGAAAGUGGUCUCUACACCAUGGACCUGACGCUGGGGGAUGGCUCUAAUGUCACCAGUUACUUUCGGCUGUUUGUGCUUGUUCCAGCCUCGUCGCUGUCCUACUGCCAGGCGAAGGGGCACAUCCUGCUGCUGGUGCUGGGGGCGCUGAUCGCCGGGACCGUGGCAGUGCAUGUCAUGGAUGGCAAGCAGGAGAAACAGGACUGA